CUGCCAUGUCCCACCAAAUUUCUAUAUAUAAAAGUAUAGCAAUCUCAGAUUUAUAUGUAGAGCUGGCAACGUUGCGGGAUAUUGAUACACAAUCUGGCAACCAUGUCACCCUCAAAAAAUGGUCGCUGACAACCACACAAGUCACCGUGUCGCCAUUGAAUAGCAUGGAAUUAAACCUUCUUCAGUGUAUAUGUUUUGUGUUCUUCAGUGUAUAUGUUUUGUGUAUCUAACCUAUAAAACAAAAAGUUAAAAUGUUCCAAAUCACUAACCACAAAACAGAAAACACAUAAGACUUUUAACUUUGGUAUUGCAGCCACCCUUAAUCAAGCAUCAUAAAUUACAACACAGAAAUUAUACCUAUUCCAGUCGAGCAGACUUCCAAAAACAUGUAUGCCACAAAGCAACCCUCUUUAAGGAUAAAGCAGGCUGAUUUGAAAUGCAAAAAUGGAUGCGGGUAUUUUGGAAAUGCAGAUUGGGAGGGCUACUGCUCCAAAUGCUACAGGAACCAUAUGGACAAAGAACGUCAAAGGAAGUCUAAUCAGUCUCAACAUGGGGACCAUUCUAAAGCGACUAGUUUCUCAAAAUUUGAAGAGAAGAAAAGGCAACAGAGUGACAAGAAAACGAAAUACUUCCUGCCAGUAUUUAGAAAACCCUCAAGUCUCAAAGAAACUGGAAGACCUGAAAAGUACAUUGAUAUAAGGCAAAUGAAUCCAGAUGCAGAUAAGUUGCUUGCUGAAUUCAUAUCUGCCUAUGGUGAAUGGGGUGAAGCAGUCAGGAAGGACUUUUUGAAAUGUGUACACUCGUUCACAUCAAAGAUCAUCCAUGAAUUGGAUUUCAAAUCAGCAGACGAACUGGCAGACAUUGCACAAAACUAUUACAACUCUUACAACAAUCGUUUGAACAACAACACUGUGUACCAAAAUGUCACACCAGACGUCAGAGAUAAGCUGUUAGACUUCUUUGAGAGAUACAGCAUGGUUGGCUUAUACACAUUUCUGUUCUGUCCACCAUCAACUAAUGAUGAAGAUAAGGAUCUCUCUAUUCAAGAUCGUAUUAGAAAACUGAGCUGGGUUAAUGCACAUCAUCUAGAUUGCUGUAUCAGUGAGACAAGUAUUGAAGUAAGAGAUUUAGUUUAUACAGCAAUAAAUGACUUACUAGGCAUGGAUUCUAUGAAAGCCCCACAAGAAAAACUAGCCUGUGUAGUCAGAUGCUGUCGCAGUGUUGUGGAAGUGUUGCAGCAUUGCCAAGGUGGGCCAGUUAGUGCUGAUGAAUUUCUACCAGCACUUAUAUUCAUUGUGCUGAAAGCAAAUCCUGCCAGGUUAAAGAGCAAUAUGUUGUAUGUUACAAGGUUUUGUUAUGGUGCUAGAUUGAUGCAAGGAGAAGCAGGGUACUAUUUUACAAACCUUUGCUGUGCUGUUUCCUUUAUUGAGAAUCUUACUGCUGAAUCACUCAAUAUGGCACAACAGGAGUUCGAGGCUUACAUGUCAGGAGAAGUGACAUGUGUCAGUGCCUGGGAAUCAGCCCUGGUGGCAUGUGAAGGCAUGCAUCAACUGUGUGAACACCUUUCUCUCCUAAAAGGCUUAUCCGAGCGCAUGUCAGCUGUGAAAGACGACACGCAGAAGCUAAAAGAUGACAUGCGCAAAUUAAAAGAGGAGAUAAACGAUGAGGUGACGUCUGUAUUGGAACGCACUCCUUUGGUGAUCAAACCAAGGAAGACGAUCUUCCCACUCACAAUGGAAUUUUUAAAGUCCUUGCCACCCCUACCAGAGAAACCACCCAUUCCAGAUAAAGGAAAAGAAGUGGAAAUUAACCAAGAUGUGGAUACUGCCCCCAAAUUUUAUCAGCAGAAUAUAACGCUAACUCAGAUGGGUCUGAGUGAUAAUAAGCCAAAGUUACAGUUGGAUAUAACACCUUGUGUCAACUUGCCUAGCGCAUCUGUGGUCAAACCUUCGUUGUCUACCGAUUUCCUGUCUGUUCCCUCGCCAGCUGCUGAUAAGAGCAUUGAAAGUAUAACACCAGACGAUAAUAGCUAUCUGGGCUUGUCAAAGAUCAACUAUGAUAUAGAUUUCUCGGAUAUCAGCGCGGAAAAUAGUAUAAUAGAAGAUCUAGGAGAGUCCAGACGAUCCCCAACAAUGUCUUUCACUCCAGAUCCAUUUAGUCCUAUGGGUACUGGGUGCCCCAUAAUGCAAAGCCCUUUAGUUCCCUCUGCAGCUGAAAUGCCUAGAGUGGAAGUUCCUCCAGUUAGGAAGAAUGAUUUCGUUUUACCAUUUUUGGAGGAGAUAGAAAAGGAGGAUACUAAGAAGGAAACACUUCUGGAUAAAGUUGAAGAGACUCCAACCAUUUGCUUGCCACCUCCUAUAAAGCCCACCGAAUACACUGGUUUCUCAAAGCAGGGGUCCAGGAUACCUAGUAUUCCUUGUAAUACUGGAGAUGUCAGUUCUUUGAACUUGCAGCAAAGUGCUGGAUCGUCUAAGGAUACUAACUAGGAUAUAAUAUCUUGCAUUGUAUUUUAUCAUUACAUGUGAUAUACAUAUUUCAUUUUACGGCAAUAUUAUUUAUUUUAUUUAUGUACAUGUACACAUACUGUUAAUAUUUUCCAAAGUUUGCAAAUGUAAUGGAAUAAACAUUACAAUAAUCGAGAUAACUGGACUUUGUUAUAAUUAUUAGAACUGAAUGCAACACGGUGUCGGAAAGUAUAAAAUCCGAUCGAUUCUAGUAACAGGUUUUGGCUACCUAUACAUUUUGUGGGGUUUUGAUUUCCAAUUGUUUUUAACUUUUUUUUAAUUCCGUUUAUGUAUGUAUGUGAUUAUUUGGGUUUAUUAUAUACCAUUUGAUACAUUCAAUUAAACCGAACAAAAAAUUCACGUUAAGUUACUAUUUUAAGGCCCUGUUUUCCAAUUGCAGGUUAACCGUGAUUUUAAAGUUAACCAGAAGUAAACUCUUAAAAUGGUAGGUUUGUUGUGAGUUGUCGCGGAUGGCAUGAUACAAACAUCGAGCGUCACAACCCACGAUAUAUCAGAUGUAGAGGCAGCGUUGCCAGAUAAACCGUAGCGUGUUAACCAGAUAUUGAAAACCGAAUU